AUGAACAAACUCACAUCUUCCCCAAACAUCGAUGUCCUGGUGAUAGGGGGUGGCAACGCAGGUUUCUCCGCCGCAAUAGCCGCCGCAGAAGCAGGAGCACAUCGCGUCGUUCUCAUCGAAAAGGCUCCCGAGGAAUGGGCUGGAGGCAACAGCUACUUUACGGCAGGCGCAUUCCGCACCGUGCAUAACGGCACAAGCGACCUCUUACCUAUCGUCAACAACGUAGAUACAGAAACGGCGAAACUCAUCGACAUGGAGCCCUACACGAAAGAAGAUUUUCGGAAAGACAUGGAUCGGGUGUGUUUAGGGCGUUCAGAUCCAGAGUUGAGCAAGGUGCUGAUUGAAGAGUCUAAUGACGCUGUUAAGUGGCUUGCGAAAAAUGGGAUUAGAUACCAGCUUUCGUUUAAUCGCCAGGCUUACAAGGUUGACGGGAGGUAUAAAUUUUGGGGUGGCAUGGCACUUAUGACUCAGGAUGGAGGAAAGGGUCUUGUCGCAGACCAUCAGGCUUCAGCUCAAAGACAUGGAGUGGAGGUCUACUACUCUACACCCGCUAAGCGUAUCAUCACCUCUUCGUCUGGAGCCGUCGUAGGAGUGUUAGUAGAGUAUCUGGGUGAAGACACGCUUAUCAACACCAAAGCUGUCGUCCUAGCUGCUGGAGGCUUCGAAGCAAACCCGCGUAUGCGCUCACAGCACCUCGGUCCUACUUGGGAUCUCGCACGCGUUCGUGGUACCCCUUUCAAUACUGGUGAGGUUCUCGAAUUUGCCAUUCGCGACGUCAAUGCCAGGCAAGCGGGCAAUUGGUCAGGUUGUCACUCUACCUGCUGGGAUGCCAAUGCUCCAGCCAACAGUGGCGAUCGUACCGUGUCGAACGAGUUUACCAAAUCCGGUUACCCUCUGGGGCUCAUGAUCAACACAAACGGAAUGCGGUUUGUUGAUGAGGGCGUUGAUAUGCGUAAUUACACGUACGCCAAGUUCGGACGUGCUAUACAUGAGCAGCCGGACAGUGUAGCAUACCAAGUCUGGGACCAGCGCACUAUCCCAUGGUUACGAGAUGAAGAAUACAGGGAUGAGCGUGUGGAAAAGAUUUGGGGUGCGACACUCGAAGAACUGGCUAAGAAGUUAGCUCAAAAUUCGGGUCUGAACGCUCCAGAACAGUUUGUCGAGACGGUGAAGCAAUAUAACGAGGCUGUGUACGCAUCUCAGGCCGAAAAUGCGGACAGGAAAUGGGACCCAGCAGUAAAAGAUGGUCUCUCUACGCAGUCGUCCGAAAAGAAACUGGCACUAGCGAAGUCAAACUGGGCCCUGCCACUUGACCAAGGCCCAUUUAUGGCGGUCAAAGUAUGUUGCGGCGUCACCUUCACCUUUGGUGGACUGGCUGUGAACCCGAGUACCACUGCCGUCAUUUCAAACUCUGGUAAGGAGGUUGUGGGUUUGUUCUGUGUUGGCGAGAUGCUUGGCGGACUGUUCUAUGGGAACUACCCUGGCGGUAGUGGGUUGACUUCUGGGGCAGUCUUUGGAAGGAGAGCGGGGACUGCGGCCGCGAAAGUAGCUGCAAGUGGAACCCCCACGAUGGUCUCGUUGUUGCAACCAGCGGUUCUUUCACGACUGUAA